AUGUAUGGAAUGUACCUCCUACAUAAGGAGGAAAUACGGUUGGCCAACGGAGGAAAUGAUGUGAAGGAGAAGGUGCUAUACCACGUGACCUCCGAGUCAAACGCUGUGGAAUCGCUAAUAAGUGGACUCGACUGGAGGCGCACUCAGCGCUCUAGAUUCGGAUCUGGGGUAUCUUUUAGUAACGACGCGGACUACUGUAAUUAUUAUGCCAAUAACUCCACUGAUAAAGUGGGAGCCAGAGUCAUCAUCAUAAACACUGUGCUGAUGAAUGAUACGUAUCUGACCAAAAGGUUGAACAAAGAAAACACACUAUGCAUACCGCCCGGCACCGCAGAUACGACGGUGAGCCCUAACGGCCACGUUUUCGUCAAGUAUUAUGACUUUGAAUCAUACCCGUUGUUUUUUGUUUACUACCGAUGGACCCCGGAACUUUUAAAUGAAAGCAAAUUUUUCAUCAUCAAAACCGAGCAAAUGCUGUGUGAGCAAGUAGCAGAUUUGCAUAUAGCUGAGUCUAGCACCCUGCAACGUCGAAGUCGAAGUGCCAGUAAACAACGUCGACGGCGACAACGCCGCGCCGCAGCCAAAGCUGACGCAGAAGCCGCAGCCAGAGCCGACGCAGAAUCCGAAGCCAGAGCCGACGCAGAAGCCGAAGCCAAUGCGGAAUUAGAAGACGAAGCCGCUGAAGCCAAAGCGGAAGCAGAUGCUGAAGCCAAAGAGCAAACAGAAGCCGAAGCCGCUGCCUUGCUACAAUGCCAUCGUCAAUACGACAUUAAACAACGUCGGCAAAGACUGCGCCGUGCCGCAUCUAAAGCGGAAGCAGAUGCUGAAGCCAAAGAGCAAACAGAAGCCGAAGCCGCUGCCUUGCUACAAUGCCAUCGUCAAUACGACAUUAAACAACGUCGGCAAAGACUGCGCCGUGCCGCAUUUAAAGCGGAAGCAGAAUCUGAAGCUGCCGAAGCCGCUGACUUGCUAAGACGCCAACGUCGAUAUGACAGUAAACAACGCCGACAAAGACUGAGCCGCGCCGCAGCCAAAGCGGAAGUGACUAUGUGA